AUGUCUCGAAGUGUCCGUGAUCUACGUGAAUUGAUUUGUUUAUCUCGUUUUGGUUUUCGCUCGGAUGAAAAUGAGUCAGAAAAUCCGGCGCAUGAAUCACAAAAUAGCAUCUUAUUCUAUUUUGAUGCUUCGCUGCUCAACAAUUGGCUGCAAAUAACCUCAUCUCGUCUAGAGAAACUACGUUCGUUAACAACUGAUUCACUCAUUGAUUUCAUGUUUUUCUGGUUGAAGCAAUUCGAUUUUCAACAUAAACAAUCCUUAUUUCAAAUGGAAUUCGAACUCUUUAUCGAACAUUUACUCUUAGCGUUCACACCCAACGAUGUCAAUUCCAUUCAAGUCAGCCAAUUCGCACGAGAAAUCCUUCAUGACAUUGACAAACAAAUUGGACAAUAUUCCUUAGAGAAUGACCAUCACUUCCUUCAGAUGAUCGAUACCUUCAGUCGGUAUAAACGUGACGAAGAAUAUCGAAACGUUUUAGCUAAUCUACCGAAUGAAUUAACAGCAAAUAUCGACAAUCGACUGCACUUACAAUGGAUGCUAGCUAUUCGAGCGUUUGGGUUAGUUGCGAUAUGCACAGCAGCGGUAGACUUUUUCGAAAAGAUUCAAUCAACUUUAGAGCAAAAUAGACCGACAGGUGAACGACAGUCUUCUCAAUCGAAUGAACAAAUCGCGUUUAACAAUUUAUCUGAACAAAGAAAAACUCGAAUCCUAACUGCUCUCAGAAAAGGCCACAUCGAAGUGAUUGAAUACUUCAUUAAAACUAAUCAACUGACCGGCGAUUCUCUCGACGAUCAAAAUCGAAAUGCUCUCUUUCAUUGUUUACCUCUAGGAAAUCUACUAAUGUUUGAACAUUUACUCAAAUCAAAUCUUCCCAAUCUAAAUAUUAAUUCACUUGCUCAAUCUGGCAAUAGUCUUGUUCAUGUUUGUAUCACUCUCCAGUCUCUCGAAAGUCUUCAACUAUUACUAAAAUACUAUCCCAAUGUCAAUUUGAACCAACGUAAUCAACAGGACGCCACUCCUCUUCAUCUUGCUAUUAUCUAUGAUAAUCUCGAGUUGAUCCGCUUUCUCGUCCAAUCAGGUGCUGACGCGAACUUGUCCCUAAAGAACAAAACGUGUUUGGCAAUGUCAACUGAAUUCGGCAAUGAAUCAUUGAUAGAAUUUUUCACAAAGCCUGUUUGA